AUGAUGAUGUGGGAUUGUAGAAGCUGGGAGGGGGAAGUUCUGGAAACGGGUUGCUACACUUUGACUUGCAAGUUUGUGGCACAUUUUCAGAAUUUUUCAUGUCAUAUAACUGGGGUAUUUGCUCCAAAUAACUACAUUGAGAGAAGGAUAGUGUGGGAUGAGAUAAGUGCAGUAAGGGGAUUGAUGGAAGGGCCUUGGGCUGUGUGUGGAGACUUUAAUGUCACCAGAUUCAUUUCAGAAAAAAAGAAUUGUAGGAGGAGAACAAGGGGUAUGGUGGAAUUUUCUGAUUUCAUUGAAGACAUGAACUUAAUUGAUCUACGAUUAGAAGAUAGUAGCUUCACUUGGUUUAAAGGGGAUAAUCAAGACAUGGCUUCCAGAAUCGAUAAGUUCCUGAUUUUUGAGGAGUGGGAUGAUAGUUUUAGUAAUAUAAAACAGAUUCCACUGCAAAGACUAACAUCUGAUCACAUUCCAGUAGCUCUACAGGGGGGCACUUGGAACAGGAACAAAAACUAUGUUAAAUUUGAGAAUUGGUGGCUAGGAACAGCUGGUUUCAAGGACAAAGUCAAAGAAUGGUGGAGUUCUUUCAAUUUUCAGGAGUGGAGCAGAAGUGAGACGAGGAAUCUGGGAUAUCAAAGGAAGAAAUUGUUAAGUCAAAUGGCAGAACUGGAUGAGGUGCUUGGAGACAGAAUUUUAACAGAGGAAGAAACUAUCAAGAAGACAGCAUUAUUCAUGGAGUAUGAAGAGUUGAUAAAAAAUGAGGAAAUCUCAUGGAGACAAAAAGAAGGUGACAAGAACACUAAGUUUUUUCACAAAGUAGCAAAUGCACAUAAAAGAUUUAACAAUAUUGACCAACUGAUGAUACAUGGAGAAUUAACAGAGGAGCCAUCUAGAAUAGAAGAGGAAAUUAUUGAUUAUUAUCAGUAG